AACUAUUAGAAUCUGUCUAUGGAUCAUUGCAUUCGUUAACUGUCCUCAACUAUAUCGGUCGCUUGGACUAUACUACAGUCGUUAUCUCUCCAACAAGAUGGCAUCCAAAUUCAUCGAAAUCCUCGACGAAAACCGCUCCAACCCACUCUCCCACCACCACCACCGCUCCUCCAACUGGGACGUCAAACUCGAAGACGUCCUAGCCGAUCAGGAAGCUACCAUCCACAACAACCAACAUCGACGAUCCCGAUCUCGAUCCCGUUCUUCUACACGAUCAUCCUCAUUCCGGAAGAGUCAUGAAUAUAGCCGUGGCAGCAACAAUAAUAAUCAGCCGCGAUUAUCGAUGAAAUUCGUCAGCUUCGUCGUCACCGACGUCGCCGACUUCACCGGUGCCGAGAAUAAGAGAUUGAGAAAGUUUACGUUGACGGGUGGAUUUGGACGGUAGUCUGUCUUCCGUCUCAUGGCUCCUGGAUGAGCUAUACUGCAACAUGGCGGAUGCUAUAAUACAUCAAUCUGGGAUCUGGAUAGUCAGCGUUGAUUCACGAAGGAAUGAACGAUCAAACUGCGACGAGGUUCGGUUAUUAUUUUCUGGGUUUGUCGAGUCUAAAAGAUUUUUGAGUUGACGAUACGAAGUGAUGCUUUUUUUUCCCAUGUUUAUGGCACGAUCAGAUACCCGGUUUGGUAGUUGUUCCGAUAGGAAUAGAAUCAAUUUCAAAAGAGCCAACGAAAAGAAUAACUGUAUAU